AUGUUGAGGCUCGAAGAAAAUGGCCCACGCAUUGUGCUUCUUGUGACCACCCCAAUCGGCGGCUCCUUUGAAUAUAUUCGGGGCGCAGUAGGAUAUGAUCCCAAACUAUACUCACCCAUCGAAUGGUCCAGCCACCAGAAUAGCAGCCUGCCAAACCUGAAAUCCCGUCUCCGGUUUGUGACCCAUUACGCCAUGUGCGUGAUUGAAACUGCGGUCUGGGAAAAUACCGACAUGACUCUGCUCGAGAAGUUCCGAUACACACAGUUUUGGGAGCAUCCUGGAGACGCGACUAUGAGUGUCCCCUCUCACAGCAGUGCAAGCAGAAGCAGCGUGAAGGGCGUGGAUGCCCAUGCAGGUUGGAACUGGUGCGAGGAUGAAAUUUGCCGCAUUGAAAGCGGUGAUGUGAUCGGGCGCACCCGCAUGAUCGAUACAGAGAUCGUCCAGAGUACAUCUUCCGACUCAAUUCAGUUGUGA